AUGGGCAUGCUACUGUUGUUGGCCUGGUAGGGUAUAUAUAACUGCUAUAGAUAGCUGCUUAUGAAAAACGAUUCUAAGGAAAGUUUUAUCACGUAUGAUAAAUUUAAACUAAUGAUUUGUAACUAUAUAAAAUAAAUUUGAGAUGUACGAACUUUUUUUUUAUUUUUUUAUUAUAUUUGGUGAAACAAAAUUACAAAUUUCUUUUUGAAAAAAUCUGUGAUUAUUAAACCUAAUCUAAUCUUUAACUCAUUUUAAGCUGUUAAUAGUUGAAGCUUUUUCUAUUUUUUUUCUAUUUGUCGACUAUUUGUUNGUGAAAACUAUAGAGGGAUCUCACUACUCAAUACUUCAUAUAAACUAUUGUCCAACAUACUACUGACUAGAAUUAACCCAUACAUCAAAGAAAUAAUUGGAGAGUACCAAGCUGGUUUUAAGCUAAGAAAAUCAACAAUAGAUCAAAUACACAUUGUAAAACAAGUUGUUGAGAAGAGUCACGAAUACAAUAAAGACACAUAUCUACUAUUUGUUGACUUCAAAGCAGCGUAUGACUCAAUCAACAGAGACAAACUAUGGGAAGUCAUGGACCAGUUAGGAAUACCAGCCAAGUUAACCAGAUUAAUAAAAUCGUUUACAUAUAAUUCAAAAAGUAAAAUUAGUUUCGGAGGAGAAUUAUCAGAGGAGUUUCAGGUAACGACUGGUCUUAGACAAGGUGAUGCUUUAUCACCUGCACUGUUCAACAUCGCCCUAGAAUCAGUUAUGAGGACAGUUAUAUCCCAAGCUAAGGGCAUAGAAAUAAAAGACAAUCAACAUCUAAAAGCAGUUGCUUACGCGGAUGAUAUAGUAUUAUUAGCCGAUACAGUUAAUGACUUAAAAAACACAACAGACAUGCUGAAGGAAGGGAAAAAAAUUGGCCUAAAAAUUAAUGAGACAUAG